AUGGCACACGGCGCGUGCGGGCGCGGCCGAAAAGUGGCCCGGUGCGCGGGGGCGGGUGCUUCAAACAGCGCCAAAGCGAAAAACAAACGCAAAUUUUAUUCGUUGACAAGCCCCGGGGGCGGUUGUAGCUGUCUGCGCGCCCGCUGCCCCGACAACACACUUCCUAUUACAAUAAACACGCAUCCAGUGGAGCUGGAGGAGGCGCGGUCGCCGGCGGCGGCUGACGUCGCGGCGCCCGUGUCCGCCUCCGCGGCGCCGACGCCGGGCGCAGACUCGCCGUCCCCCGCCCCCGAGCCGGACGACGGAGGCGGCGGGGGCGGCGGCCCCGUCCAGACAGACCCCGCCCUCUGCGCCGCCUCCGACGAUAGCCCCCCGGCGGUGGCCGCCCCGCUGGGCCUUCAGGGACUGCUCAGGGUCCGCGCCCUCGUGGCAGCGGCGGCCAUCGCCGCAUCACCCGAUCCGCCGGGCGCGGGGGCGGUGACCCCCGAGAGCGGGGGCGGCUCUGGGCCGGCCGCCUCCGCCUCCGCCUCCGCCUCCGCCGCCGCCGCCGCGGUGGCCGCCGCCGGCUGCUGGGGCGGCGAGGAGCGCGCCCGCAUCGCCGAGUACCUGCAGCGCGCCGACACCGCCGUCAUCUUCCCGGAGCCGGUGCCCGAGCCGGGCGCCGAACCCGAGACCGCAGCCGCCCGCGCCGGCGCAGAGAACGCUACCGAGCUGCUGUGCGCCGGCAGCCACUUCGCCGCCGCCUCCAGUACCUCGCCGCGACUCCGCCUCCAGCACGGGCCGGCGGACACCUCGUGCAGACCGGAGGGCGCCAGCCGCCGCUGCUGGAGCCGCUGGCGCCAUUUCCGGUGCGUGUCUGGAGUCUGGAGACUGCAGCCCGGGGCGGCGACUCGCCGGCAAACUUGGUCCGCCGUCCCGCCCUCAACCCCUUCGCGGUUAGCGGCCGCCGACGCCGCCGCCGCCCCCGCCGCCCCCGCAGCUCCCGGCUAA